AUGGAGCUUGUUAUGGAGUUGGAGAAGAAGCUCCUGGAGAAGAACACCAAGGAGUUGGAGUCAAGACUGUUCUCCCUGGCUGUGGACGAGGAUCGGUGUUGGACGGACUACCUCAACGGCUACCUCAUGCAUGGAGCUGUGGAAGAUGGGUGGAAGUCUGUGUUUUCGUGCCCGGCCCUCAACCCCUUCGACGAUGUGGACAAGACGGGUUUGGUGGUGAAUUGGGACCCGAAGAAAUAUGAUGUAUGGUCUUCAAUGAAACGUGCGCUACCACUACCACGACGGGUGCGAAAGCGGCUGUUCUCCUCCAGCUCCUGGGUUGUGGCCUUCACUAGGGACAAGAGUCGCAAGGACCCGAUCAUGAACGGCAACUACGGCGACGCCACGGUGCUUCGGGUGGACUAUGAGAUGGAGCAAAAUAUGGAAGUCCUGAAGCUCCUUACCUGGGCGGUGGCAGCUGGGCGAGUGGUGUCUGUAGUGGGCACGGAUGAGCCUGUUCAAGCUCGGUCCUUGGCUUUACAGACCUGGGUCUAUGUCAUGGCAAAGACGUUUGGGUGUGGUGUUCUCCGAGGAGGGUUUCUCACGACCACGGCCACUGACGAGGACCUUGCCCUCAACCUCACGACGAGCCUUCAAGUGGUUAUGGGAAUGUAUGAAGUUCCGCUAGGGGCUACAAGUGACGGCAAGGAGUGGAUUGGCUUCACCGACAUGAACGAAAUGAGGACUCUCCGGGGAAUGGCGGUUUCCGGCGAGGCCCGUCAACCUCUACCUCCCGAGCUACAUCAACUACGCCGGUCAAUGGGAUUGGUGGAUGAGAACAAGUUGAAGUACAUGCUUGUGGGAGCCUAUCGGAUCCCGAAGUCCCUGUUGACUGAAGGAGAACUUCCCCGAGAGGAGAGUGGAAUGGACAAACUUGAAAAAGAUGAUCCCCUGGAAGGCGAGGAGGAUGACCUUGCGGACUAC